AGCUGGCUGUAGGAGCAGGUGCGCUCAGUUUGAGUGCCGUUAGCAGAGAGUUCUACUCUGCUGGACCGCUGGUGCCAAAAUGACGUGGGAAUAUUUCGGUUUCUCACUGGUUCGGAGUUCCUCCAACACUACAAAGACAGAUUCAGCCAUCAACAACCCGGCGGACAUCUCUGUCAUCGUCAUUUACUUUGUGGUGGUCCUGGCUGUUGGAAUAUGGGCCAUGGUGAGGACCAACCGCUCCACAGUCGGAGGAUUCUUCCUGGCUGGCAGGAGCAUGGUGUGGUGGCCGAUUGGCGCGUCUCUGUUUGCCAGUAACAUCGGCUCUGGUCACUUUGUGGGCCUGGCAGGCACCGGCGCUGCUGGAGGAAUCGCCACUGGAGGAUUCGAAUGGAAUGCUCUGGUAGUGGUGAUAAUUCUAGGAUGGCUCUUCGUGCCCAUCUACAUCAAGGCUGGGGUGGUGACCAUGCCAGAGUACCUAAAAAAGCGUUUCGGCGGUCAAAGGAUCCGUAUCUACCUUUCCGUGCUCUCCCUGUUCCUCUACAUCUUCACCAAGAUCUCUGCCGACAUGUUCUCUGGAGCCAUCUUCAUUAAACAGGCUUUGGAUUUGAACAUUUACGUGGCUGUUGUCCUGCUGCUGCUUAUUACCGCUCUGUACACAGUCACAGGUGGUCUCGCUGCAGUCAUUUACACAGAUACACUGCAAACCAUCAUCAUGGUGGUUGGGUCCUUCAUCCUCAUGGGCUUUGCUUUCAACGAGGUUGGAGGCUAUGAUAAUUUUCAGGAUCUCUAUAUGAACGCCACCCCAACAGUCGUGGGAAAUGUGAGUGCGAAGUGUUACACACCACGGCCUGAUUCCUUCCACAUCUUCAGAGAUCCCAUAACCGGAGACCUGCCCUGGCCUGGCCUUAUCUUUGGCCUGACCAUCCAGGCUGCAUGGUACUGGUGCACUGACCAGGUGAUUGUCCAGCGGUGUUUAUCUGCAAAGAACAUGUCCCAUGUGAAGGCUGGAUGUAUUCUUUGUGGUUACCUCAAACUCCUGCCCAUGUUCCUCAUGGUGAUGCCUGGCAUGAUCAGCAGAGUGCUCUAUACCGAUGAGGUGGCAUGUGUGGUUCCUCAGGUGUGUAAGGAUGUGUGUGAUACUGAGGUGGGCUGCACCAACAUCGCCUACCCCAAAAUGGUGUUGAACCUCAUGCCUGAUGGUCUGAGGGGAUUGAUGCUGUCAGUUAUGCUGGCGUCUCUGAUGAGCUCACUCACAUCAAUCUUCAACAGUGCCAGCACCCUCUUCACCAUGGACAUCUAUGCCAGGAUCCGCCGUAAAGCCUCAGAGAAAGAGCUAAUGAUUGCUGGCAGGUUGUUUAUUUUGGUUCUGAUUGGCAUCAGUAUCGCUUGGAUUCCCAUUGUGCAAACAGCUCAGAGUGGGCAGCUGUUUGAUUACAUUCAGUCAGUUACCAGUUACUUGGCCCCGCCCAUUGCUGCUGUGUUCACCCUGGCCAUUUUCUGUAAGAGAGUCAAUGAGCAGGGGGCCUUCUACGGGCUGCUGAUUGGGUUGGCCAUUGGCCUUGCACGGAUGUUAACUGAGUUUGCAUAUGGGACAGGAAGCUGCGUUCAGCCCAGCAACUGUCCUGACAUUAUCUGUGGGGUGCACUACCUCUACUUCGGCCUCAUUCUGUUUGGGAUCUCCCUCAUUGUAGUGCUGGGGAUUUCUCUAAUGACCAAACCCAUCGACGAUAAACAUCUGUACAGGUUGUGCUGGAGUUUGAGAAACAGCCAAGAGGAGAGAAUCGAUCUUGAAGCAGAUGACAGAAUCGAAGAACCAGACAACUCAAUGGAUAUAGAUGAGCCGGAAGCAGAGCCGAGCUGCUGGAGGAAAGCCUACAACUGUUUCUGUGGCUUUGAGGAGAAGAAGGCACCAAAACUUACUAAAGAACAAGAGGUGGAGCUGAAGAAGAUGAUGACGGACACAACCGAGCAGCCGCUGUGGAGGAACGUGGUCAAUGCUAACGCCAUCAUCCUUCUCACUGUCUGCGUGUUCUUCCAUGGCUUCUUUGGUUAAGGGAGCACCACUGAGUCCUCACUCAGAUGUAUGUAGAAAUAUAUUUAAAUAUAAUUUAAUGAAACCCAUUACCUUUUAUGAAGGACUAUUACAACUUUUUGGCUGAAGUGGAUGUGUGAUACUGCACCCUGAAAUUUAUGAGGUUUACAAAUAGGCUAGUGACAGCUCUGUGUAUUUCAACUUUUAAAAAAAAAUAUUUUCUGGGUGUCCUUUACGUGAAACAGACACUCAGACAAUAAAUAGAUAGUCUUCAAAUAUUUUUUUAAGUUCUAAGUGUUUUUUAAAAUGUUCUUAAGGAAUUUUAAAUGAUGCAAAUGAAAGUGCCUUUGACUUUUUUUUUGUUAAUUGUCUCUUUUUAUACCUGAUUUUUUCUGUCCCCAUACAAACGUGACAUGACAUCUGACAUUUGUGACAUCUGGAUCAUAAAGCUGAUCUGCUAUUUCACCUAUCUCUGUGUCAUUUUUGAGGGUUCUAGUCGAAGAUCAAUGCUUAGGCCCAAAAUUAGUGGCCUAGAUGCUGAGUCAAUGAUUUUUCUUUAGUGAAGGUUAAAUGUUUUGCUUUUAAAAGUAAUUUAUACUAUAAUUUAUAUUAUUAUAUAAUAUUUCAUCUAUAUUUAUAAUAUUUCAUCUGUUGCUAGAUGCAUAAUCUGAUCAAAUUUUGUAUUUAAGGUUAAUGAGUGUAAAAGUAUAUGUGACCAAACAAAGAAAUGUUCUGUUUGUAACCUGUAAACUAUUAUGUAAUAAAAGUGAAAAUAAU